AUGUCAGAGUCUCUUUCAGCAUGGCUCGUCCUGGGCGCCGUCUACACGCCGUCCGGAGGCCCCGUGUACGUGAACCCCGCCGCCGCUCCGGCCGCCGCGCCCAGCGCCAACACGGAGCAGUUCGUCACUCAAACCGUCUACGGCUUCUUGGACUUCACUACCACCAUCGGCAACACCGUCAUGGUCUUCUCCCCGCAGAGCGCGCCUGCCGCGGAAGAAGAAGAAGAUGAUGAUGAUGAUGAUGAUGACGAUGAUAAUGAUGAAGAAGAGGAAGAAUACAUUGUUUUUCUUGUACCUUUUCGUAUUUCUUCUAGUCGGGACCAGUGUCUCCACUACUGCCGUCCGGGCGCUAGUCUCUUUACUGCGGAUGGGCUGGAGGCUGCGAAAAAGCCCAUUCGCCCCCGCCUUCCCCGCGCCUAA